AUGAUGUAUGCAACACCACAGUACUACCAGGAGCUGCAAGCCGCCUUCAGUGGUCCUAAACUUGUGAAGCAAGAGAUGUUGGAGGAGCUCACAGACAUGGACCGACCCGUUGACAUGAGCCUGUCUUCCAUACACAACAAAGCAAAAUCAUUGUCCGAUAUCGCCAUAGACAUCGACCACCUAAGCUACGAAAAGAGCCAGCAGAUUUAUAACACGUACAUGAACUCAUUCCGAGGAGACUUUCAUGAGCAUUCCCCAGGGACAGACGGUAAUAAGUUAGAGGACGCUCGGUUGUCCGUUUCAGGAUCUCAUCCUCUGAGUUUGACAACGCCGAUGUCGCCUCAAGGAACCCGUAGUGCCCAUUUGAAAGAUGAGGGAAAUUUGUCAAUACCUACCAUUGUAAAUAAAAAUAAUCAUUUUAAUGCAGAGGAUUUAGCGCAGGCUGCCUCGCAUCAGAGGGCCAAGAGAGAGUUCGUGCCAGAUAAUAAAAAAGAUGACAGUUACUGGUCGAAACGGCUCAAAAAUAAUGAUUCAGCACGUAGGUCAAGAGUCAAACGAAAAGCAAUUGAGAAGUUGAUGGAGACCAGACUUAUCGAGCUACAGAAAGAGAAUAUUGAGCUAAAACAUGAAGUCGCAGCUUUACGAAGACGUUACGGGAAGGAGGAAGAUUCGUCUUCGGAUUCUUCUUCAACUCGUGAAAAAGCUUCAAUGAACAGCCCGAUGUCAUCACCCUCACCAACCGAAGGAAAUAUUAGCAAGGGAGAAGACGAGCAGCAGAGUUCGGGUUCUGACGAUGCCCGUUCCAUCGAUGAUUCACGAGGGUACAGCAUGAGAAGCGUAACUGCCUUGAAUCAUUCUUUAGGUCCGGCUAACAGGGAGCGAGCAGAUUCUGUGGGCAGCAGCUCCAGCUCCGCGACCAGCGGCAGCAUUUCAGCAAACUCCAGACCUGAUUCUAGAAGUUCCCAUGUGGGAUAUACGGAUACCGGUUCAUGUACAAGCAUGGCCGGCGCGCUUGACCUCUCCAGUGACCAUCGAAGCCAUUGUACGACAGUGUGGGAGUCUUCGUCACGGGAGAGUUUCAGCAGCGUUAGAACCAACAGCACCAGAAGAAGCAGCUGUGUAAGCAGUGACAGCAGUAGUCUCGAAGAGGGCAGCACCCGCCUGAUGAUUUUCCCACUCAAAUGUCGAUGGAAAAAGGAGAUGCAAUCUACUUAA